AUGGUGCCAGGCCCCGGCAAGCACCUGUCUCUCGCUUCGCAGGAUGCGCGCCAGAAACACGCGUACUUUGUCCACUGCACCAGCAUGAAGCACGACAAAACGGCACAGAAGGUGCUUCAGGCUGAGGAGAGCCUGUGGGCUCUCCUGGCCCAGCGGCCGGCAGAUGUUCCGAGCUUUCAAGGGCUGCUGGCCCAGGAAUUCCAACCACUUCAGCACAUGUUGGACUUUUGCAGCCCUUUUGACCCCUUUUUCCACUUCGAGGGCCUCGAGUUUCUCCGGGAGAGGCGCCGGCGUUUGUACAUGUGCGCACAUGUUGAGCUGGGCUUUUUGGAGCAUCAGCUCGCCCAGCUGCAGCAAUGCCUGGAGUUGCUGAGCUGA